GUGUGAACCGCAUUACAAAUGAUUUUCCCAACACGAUCAUAUAGAAGAACGAAACUUUUAGUAAUGCUCAUAUACCUGAGUCUGAGACUGGACAUUUCAAUUUGUCAUGCAACGUUGCAAUUAGGACGCUUGCUUUUGCAGUGGAAAUUGGCGGCGGAGGAAGAGCAGUUCGAGUAUGUGAAUUCACUCACCGGUAUCCAGGAAAAAACACCCAUCCCCAUCCAUUUUUUGCAUGACAAACACUGCAGCUUAUGCAUGUUUUGCAUGACAAAUUGGAUGGGGAUGGGUGUUUUUUCCUGGAUAACCGGCGCGCUGCGAGAAUUGGAGCAUUUGAGUUUGCAGUACUACGCACUCGUCUGUACCAAGCCGCCACUCCCGUUGUCCGAGCUAACGGACCACAACAGUGCGGGAGCUGCACACUUGAGCAACAGUAUAUGCAACUAUACAAAUUGAAAUUUCCCGUACAUGUACAAAAUGCAUCACAAAUUUCAGGGAUUCUUCAGAAGAGCUCGCUUGUCAUGCUGAUGAAGAGGUUUGACGAAAAAGUUUGUCAUGCGGAAGCCACAUUUGUUGUACAUGUGCGGGAAAUUUACUGUGGAUACAGUACUAGCAGACUCAACAAAGCACUCGGUGAUCAACAGCCGCCAAGUCCCUCGGCGAGGAACAGCGACACUGCGUUCAAUAUUGCCACAUCCAGUUUAAGCACGAUCGGGUACUCGACUGGCUUCUCUCAGCCGAACUACUCGGGCUCUUUGGGCAGCCGGUUCGGCAGCAGUGCGAUGCUGGAUCCCAACAACCUCCCGCGGGAGCUGGAGCACGAACGACCGCUGCGCAAGUUUCUACAGAGACCGGAUCUAUGAGAGUGUACAACUCCGCCUCCCCCUCAUUCGUAUGGCAUGAACAGCAACACAAACAACAGCAGAAAACGGGCUCUCGCAUGACAAAUCUGCGUGCAGAUUGUAGUACUAUUAUUUGCAGUUCCAAAAUUUGUCAUGCUAGCAGUGCGUACGAGCAGGUUUGAAUAUUGUAUUUUGCAUUACAAAUGAGGGGGAGGGGGAGUUGUGCACUCUCAUAGGAUCGGGACAAAUACGCAAAACAGAUCCGGGGGGUACAGGACGUCAGUGACGAUUUGUACCCGGACGUGGAUGAGAAGGAUGUUUUGCUGAUUUUGGGUGAUUUAACCGACGACCGUAUCAUAUGUAAAAGGGUCCCCACUUCCAUACAGUCAAGUUGGGAAAUCUACUCGCAAGAUAAAUCAGCAAGCUUUUGCUGUUGCGCAUGACAAGUCUGGGCUCGCAAUGUAGUAUUCUGAUUCGACCAUCACAAAUUUCAAAACAGAACUUAGAAAAUGCAUCGCAUGGGGAUACGCAUGAGAAACGUUUUAAAGCAUGCAGAUUUGCGGGGCAACUGUUGGGCGGGGACGCCGUUUUUGCAUAGGACAAAACGAUUACCGAUCCCGGAUUUGGUCCGGCUGUUUGACGCGUACCCGUAUGCAUUGCAAAUGUAUCGUACUAGGAGUAAUUGCAAUACAAAUUCGCUCAGCAUUACAAAUGGAAUUUGUCAUGCUGAUUCGCCUUGGGAAGGAGAUUUGUAAUGCAUGACUGCGAUUACUACGAGUGCGAUACUUUUGCACAGGAUAAUCCGCAGUCGCCGCCGAUUCUUGUCGUGCACAUCUCGAUCAAGGACGCCUAUCCGGCGUCUACCGCUUUGAAACUGGAGUUGAAGGAAAAGAUGCGGCAGUAUGCACUGCAAAAGCAUUGUACUCGAAUUGCGAUCAUGUAUUACAAGUAUUUUUCUUUAGGUAAAUCAGCAUUGCAAAUUUUAUUUCUCAUGCUGAGGAAAUUUGCAUGAGCAUGACAUUUUUUACGAGUACGAUAAUUUUGCACUGGAUAAGCAGUUGAAAAAAGCGAAACUGCAAAGAGGCAGCGCGGAGGUGGUACAGCACCUGAAGGCGCAGGCGGCUUUGUUUCCUGCUGGAGCAGGUGUUCCUCUUCCUCCGACGUUGCUACCGGUGCAGAAUUAUGCACUGCAAAAGUAUCGUACUAGUAUAAAUCGCAAUACAAAUUUCCUUAGCAUUAGAAAUGGAAUUUGUAAUGCGGGUUUGCCUUAAGAAAAAGAUUUGUAAUGCAAGACUUGCAUUUAUACGAGUACGAUACUUUUGCAAAGGAUAAGAAUGAAGAUUUGGGGAAAAUCAAAGAGAAGCAGAUCAUAUCAAAUGCAAAUAUGUCUGGGUCUGGAAGAGUUAUGUUACUUCUGAAUGACACAGCAGGUCUGGCAUGGAAGCUCUCGCAUCACAGGCUUCGAGAAGCUUCCGCAAUGCCGAAUCUGCAUGACAAAUGCCCCACUUUGGUGACAAAAAGCGGGCAGCUUUUGCUGCCUAUGCAUGGGAGAUUUUCAUGUGUUGCGAAAUGCGCAUCACAAGUUGCAUCCUUCCAGACCCAGACAUGUUUGCAACGCAUAGAUCACCAAUACCAGCAACAGCAGUAUGGAAAAAACCAUCAGCUCCAUGUUUACCGCGUCGAAACAGUCAGAGUCGGUAAAUAAUUUCGGAACCUUAUGGAAGUGUCAGAAUCGGAAUUGACAAAAUCGAAAAACUUGCGAUGCAUAAAAUCGAUACCAGUUGGAGCCUCAGUUUGCAAGCGGCGCAUGACAAAUUUCAGGAGCACCCGAGUACAGUCUGACAUGCUGUUUGGGCAAAGAAGACUGCUCCUGUCGUGCUACUCUGGCAGCGCAUUGCAUACCCCUGAACAGGCUCACAAUCGGUCCCAUUUGCCUGCUCCCCAAUACAGGCCUCCAGUGCCCUACAUUUUAUGCAUGGCGAAUCAUUUCAACUUUGUUGAUUUCAAUCCUGACACUCCCAUAAAGCGGCACCGGUGUGAAAGAAAAAAGUGGGACGUCGGUGUCCGCGUUGUUAGACGGCAUGGAAGAGGGGGAUGAGGAAGGUUUACAUCAGGAGCAGGACGAUGUAGAUGUUGACCAACGACAACAAGAAAUCUACGAAAGAGUCAACACGACUACAGCCCUUGUUUCCAGCACAACUUCUAAGAACACGACGAAAGACCAGCAGAAUGUUGAUCCUGCCGAACAUCAAAACCACGAAGACCAUCAUGAGAAAUUGCUGCAACAUCAGCAAGAUCGUGGGCUGCAUCAUCAUGAAGAUGAAGACCAAAACCACGACUUGAGCAUUGACAAAUCGCCGGACCACGCUGCCAAUGCGAACGUGGUUGUUGGGAGUUCUACCGGGCAGAUGAAGCAAGAACAACAGAAUCCGAACAAUCCUGCAAAGCCCAGGUCCAGAACGAAUUCUGGCAGUGACAGACAGCGUUCGCAUUCCCGCGUGCCUAGUCUGCCAGGCAGCCAUUCUAGCUCGCCGGACCGACAACGAAGCAGUGCCAGUGGAGACCUUGGUACUGUUGUUGUAUUCUAGUAAGUCUAGUAGAUUCUUUCUACUCGCUGCGCGAAGAACUUGAACUACUGAUGAAUGCAUAAGUGUGCAUAAGGAAUAGAUACUUAGCUGCAGCUCCUGGAAGGAGGAGUUUACUAAAUUUAUCUAAAAUGAUCAGCAUGAUUAUAUUUUUUAUUCUUGUUAUAGUUUUUUAGUUUUUUGAUCAACACGACCCGACGCCGACCUAUCUCUAUCACAGUCCUCCCGCGGCUCCUCGACUCCGCCUUGCAAAUCGAGAUCACGGAAAAGCUCCUGCAACUCGGCGCCGACGGGGUGAUUUGGCGCGCGUGCUUCAAUUUGGACUUCCAGGUACGCAUGUACUUGAUGCGGGUGGAAUAUCCUGUGCAAAAGUAUCGUACUCGUAUUGCAAUCAUGCGUUACAAAUUCUUUUCUUAAGGUCAAUCAGCAUUACCUCUCAUGCUGAGGAAAUUUGUAAUGCAUUUAUACGAGUGCGAUACUUGUGCAAUGCAUAUGGAGUCGAACAUGGCAAGAAUGUCACGGCAGCUGCACUUGAACCAGCAAGCCUCCGCGAUCAACAUGGCCGAUGUAGAGGCAGUAUGCAAAGAAAAAAGUGUUACAGUUACACAUUGUGUUGCAGACCAAGCAAGACAGACAACCUCUCUCAUGCUGGAAAGGCAUGCGAGCCUCGUUUCAUGCGUGUGUUUUCCCCUAGGAUCUGCGCAUUACAAGUUUUCUGCUCUGCAAUGCAGAGCGAGUUUGUACUAUUGCUGAAUUCACUAGAAAUGUGCAUACUGUAGCAGUUUUUUCUCGGGAUAGACAGUCGAGUUGAAGUACUACAAGUUUCUCUGGCAGUACGUGUUCAAGCGCAUGUUCCAGCACUUCGCAAGUUGCAACCCGGCGCUGGAUAUGCAUUGCAAAAGUUGUAUCGUACUUGUAUAAAUGCAUUACAAAUCAAUUUCCUCAGCAUGAGAAACAAAAUUUGUCAUGCGGAUUUACCUUGUUCAGAAAAAAAUUUGUAUAUACAUGACUGCAAUACGAGUACGAUACUUUUGCCCAGGAUAUUGGACCAACUCGAGACCGCCCAGGGAGUGGAUUCCUGGGUGUUUGAAAAGAUCGUCUCCGAGGGGAGGUUAGGGGUCACCUGGCGGUGCCACAACACCGCACUGACCGGGGAUGACGCGGCGGGCGCCGGGGGGAAGAAGAAUAAAACCGGAACGAGUAGCACCUCUUCCUCCGACCACAGCACCAGCACAUCGCGGAGGAAAAACACGCCGAAGGUGAUGAGAUGCAUGCGGGUUGUGGAAAAGAACAAAAUUGAGUCGGCUUUGGAAUUGGAGGAACUUUACCGCGAGUAUAGGCUCGGGCUGCUAUAAAGGUGCACAACUCCUCCUCCCCCGCAUUUGUAUGUCAUGAACAGCAAUACAAACACCAGCUCCAGCGUAGAUGGAGCCUAUGCAUGGCAAAUCUAUGUCCCUAAUGUAGUGCUGUUUUGGCUUGUUCCGGAAUUUGUCAAGCAAACAGUGCCGCAGGGCGGCGACUGGAUUUGGGAUUUUGCAUGACAAAGAAAGGGGAGGGGGGGGGUUGUGCACUGUCAUAGUUACUCAGCUCCAUGGAGAAGCACCCGAACAUCCUUUGCUGUCACGGGAUGCUGCUAUCAAAUGCAAAUAUGUCUGGGUCUGGAAUCUUGUGAUGCUGGUUGGAGAAAGACGAGCACACCUCAAUUGGCUGCCAAGCAUGACAAGUUUUGCAGAUGCUACAGCGUUGUCUACUCUGCAUGACAAACCGCGCUGCUGCCUGAGAGAAGAAUGGCACUUUUGGGCAGCGCGCAAGACAACCUUGUGAAUCAUGCUAGCAGAGCAUGGCAGACCCUGCAUCUACUUUUUCGAGUUCGAUAGCUGCACUCCACGAACCAUUUGUACUUUAUAAUGGACGACCUCGGCGACGGGCGGAAUCUCAUGCACGUUCUGCAAACCUACCCGAACAAGGAAUUCCCGGAGCAGCAAAUUCACGCGGUCUGGGUGCAGGUGUUGUGCGCGAUUUCGUAUUGUCACCAGGCCCUGGUGUGUCACCGAGAUAUCAAGCCAGAAAUCGUGCACAUGGGAAGGAACGGAGUGGUAUAUUUUUAUUGUUUUGAUGAUCUUACAACUGAUGGUGAUGAUUUCGAUUAACGCCCUUCUCUUACAUACAUAUGCAUCUCGAGCAUGACAAACAAAGUUUCUCAAGGGAGUUGCGCAUUACGAAUUUUCACAUAGAUGAAAAAAAUAAAUACUGAAAGGUAAAAGUCACGGAUUUUACCCGUUCCACGUUGAUGAAGGAAGUGGAAAUGAACGGCAACAAUUUCAAGCUAUGAAAUGCAAAUAUGUCUCAGUCUGCAAACUUGUGAUGCGGGCUGGACAAUCUUGAGGACGUCUCAAUUCGUGGCCGCGCAUGAAAAGUUUUUGAGAGGCUUCUAGGUGUUGCCUGUGCUGCAUGGCAACCAACAUACUUUGCAUUCUUCCAGACCAAGCAGACAUAUUUCCAAUCCAUACAAAGACCGGCUGAACAAAAUCGACAACCUCACAGAAGAAGAAAGGAAAGAGUACUGCACGGGAAGCAUUUACGACAACCCAGCAAGGCUCGUACCGGGCCACUGGCCUUACAUGGCGCCGGAAGUGAUUAUCCCCGGGCUGAACUUUGUCGACGGAGCCCUAGCGGAUGUUUGGGGCUUGGGAAUUCUCUUGGUGGACAUGAUUCUGGGACCUGGAAGGAUAGGGCAUUUGGUGAAAAAGUUCGUCGCGAAAACCCAGGCGCAACUCGACGCCAGAGUAUCCUGUGCAAAAGUAUCGUACUCGUAGUGCAAUCAUGCAUUACAAAUCUUUUUCUUAAGGUAAAUCAGCAUUACAAAUUUUAUUUCUCAUGCUGAGGAAAUUUGUAAUGCAUUGAUACGAGUGCGAUACUUUUGCAAUUCUAAUUCAUACAGAGGCGAGGUGUUCGAAAGUUUCGAAAAACUGCAAAAUAGAUCCUCUGAAAACGAAACGAAGCUGAACGCUAUCAAGUGCAAAAAUGUCUUGGUCUGGUGGAAACUUGUGAUGCUGGUUGGCGAAUCCUGAGGACGCCACAGAUGACAGCUCAGCAUGACAAGUUUCUGACUUGCUAGGUGUUGCGUAUUCUGCAUGACAAACCCCGUCUCGGCAUGACAGAAAAGUGGGCCUUUUGGGUAACGAGCAUAACAGAUUUUUGACUCAUGCUAGCAGAGCAUGGCAGACCUUCCCUUCUUCCAGACCAAGACAUAUUUGCGAUCCAUAAACGCGAAGCAUCUCGCGGAAAGAAACCGUCGGAUUCUCGAGAACAACGAGGAAAGCCAUUCCCAGAAUAGCGGGGAUGGCGGUGACGCGUCGUCUCUCUCCCCGAGCAAGGGUUCCGGCGCCUUUUCCUUCGGAUCGCGAUCGCCCGCAAACGUGCAGCAGUUAUCAAUCGGCUUUUCUCAAGCGUGGUUAAUAAAUUGGUAGCCGUAUACAUGUGUGUGCGACACAAGAACUACUACAGUGGCGAGGACCUUGCGUGGAUCGCGUUACAGCUUUUCUUGAAAGGAUAAUUCCCCUGCGCUCUUCUUGCAGCGCGUCGAGAUGAACUUGUCGUCAUGCGAGAGGGUGGAAUAAUCGCCCGGAAGGUGAUGGUGAAGAUUCUGCAUGAAGAGAAGAAAACCACAUGUAAAAACUACACAGACUACCUCCAAAAAUGUAGUAACGGACGCUUCAAAUCCUCCAUAGCCUCUGCUCGGAGCCUCAAAAGCGUCGGGCGUAAACACGGAAUCGCAUUCGAGCAAGGAAAGCCCACAGGGAGCGGAUUACAGCAACUUAGCCAAAGCGGCGAAAACCUCUCCAACAUCCGGCGGCAAGGAACGAAAAAGGCUGAAAGAAGGCGUAGAUAGGAAGAACAGCGGCGCUACUCCACCACCCGAAGAGCUGAGUGGUGAGAUGAAAAGGGAUAUGAAAUGCAAAAAUGUCUGGGUCUGGGAGGUUGGAGCUUGUGAUGCUAACUUCGGACUCUAAAAAAAUCUGUAUUGCAUGAUCAGCAAGAGGAGUCUAGUUUGUGCUACGCGGGGAGGGCGUUUGUCAUGCGGAAUAGGCAACAUCAGGAAGCCCUCUAAAAAUCUGUGAUGCUAGGUCAUGCAUUACAAGCAUCAUGGGUCAUGCCAGUCAAGCAUGACAAGCCUUGCAUUCUUCCAGACCCAGACACUUUUGCAUUUGAUAAGGGAAGUUUCCGGGGAGUCUGCAGGGCGGGAGGAUACCGUGAAAGGAUCAUCCAGCGGGCGCCUUUCCUGGCUAUGCAUUGCAAAUAUGUCUGGGUCUGGAAGAAUGCAAACUUCGCAUGCAUCUUUUCCAUGCCCUUGCCCCAUGAGGUUUGGAGUGCAGGGCGUAGCAUGACAGGCUCUGCGACGUCUCAAUCAUGCCUAUCCUGCGCGACAAACUGCCUCUAAACUUGUUCAAAAGUUGUAGCUUUUGGGAGGCAUGCAACACAAAUUUUUGUACGAUCUAGACUUAGCAACAUGACAAGUUCGCGCCCUCCCAGACGCAGACACAUUUGCAAUGCAUACUGGCCCGAUAACAACUACUUGGAGCAUUUUCAGGCAAUUAUAUGCAUUGCAAAAGCAUCUGCUCGUACUACCUAGUCAUAAAUUCUUGCAUGAAAUUGAACAAAAUUUUCAGCAAGAUGAACAUGAGUUAUGGAAUUUGUAAUGCUGAAUCAGAUAGGAAAUAACCAGGUCAGCAUGACUGAUGCAGCAGGCUUGAUGCCACUAGUACGCCUACGAGACUUUUGCACACCAGUAUACGCAACGAGAUCCAGCAACAGCGGCCUCGAGGAAGACAAUAAUUUUCAGCCGUUGAUAAGAAGGAAUUUGGCUUCGUUAGUCGAAGACAGUCCGAUCAUGCUAUGAAAGUGCGAACCUCCCCGGCCUUCCCCUUACAACUUGUAUUGCAAGAUACCAAUUCCAGCUCCAGCACCUCUUGCAUUGAAGCACUGUUUGCGUGACAAAUUUUGGAAUCUCAAACAGUACUACUACAGUCCGUGUCAACAUGCGAAGGGCCCUCCACUUCUUCCGUUGCUUGUCUUGCUGCACAUGCACCUCAAAUGAGGGGGAGGGCGGGGACGAGUUGUGCAUUUUCAUACAUGCUGGCUGCCUUAUUUCACGAGAUCGAGCAAGACGCGCUGGACAAUCCCCUGGACGCAAUCCCAUUGUCUCAGCAUAUGAAUUGCAAAAGUCUCGGUACUAUAAUGUAGAAAUUGCAUUACAAAUAACUUGCUCAGCGUGGUUACAAGUGGAAUUUGUCAUGCUUAUUUUCCUUGAGCAGGAGAUUUGUCAUGAGUAAUCGUGAUAUAUUGCUACGAGUGCGAAACUUUUGCACAGAAUAGAGCAAACUGUUCAGCAACAACGGAAAUAUCAGUACGGGAAGACUGAGGCAGGGGGAGUAUUGUCUCAAGAAUUCUUGCAUAAGUGGUUCUUUCUGUGCGUAAUCAGAUAA